CUUUAGAGGUCAAACUCCUAGAAAAACCACGACAUGUCUCCCCAAGAAUAAGGAGCAGCCUCAAGUCUCGGCUACGAGAACACUGGAAGCUAUGGAAGGUCGGGAUAGCUGCGAAAGAGCACUGGGAUGACGAGUACAAUUUUCCGCCGGGUCGAUAUUAUGGCCAGAGCCACCCAUAGAUGUGAGUGAGGAUCCGCCAUUUCGUUGGCCUAGGGUUUUAACAUGUAUUGUUUCAGUUAUGCCUGCCUUGGACCUCGUACAAACUACUGCCACUCAGACUAAUCAAGGCAAAACGAACGAUUUCACGAACACAAGUCCCAGAGGAGCCACACAAACUUCCCAACCAUGGGAUCUCAUGAUACCGACGACUUUUCUUUUCACAUUUCACACCCUCAACUAUAUCCUCGGUCUUUUCCCAUUCACCAUCUUCAAGCAUCAGCGCGGCGUUCGCUUGAUAUGCAUGUCGCCAAGACCGCGCAAGGAUAUGUCUCCACCGCAUAGUUCAGCGGGCAAUAAUCGCGCUACAUGGAAUAUGUAAUGUUUGAUUUCACAUACCCGAGAAUCGGGACCUGUCCAUGUUUAUUUUGUCGAUAUAUCUCUGUUACCUUGAUCAUCUCCACUUAAUGAAAGCUGUACUCCGCUCCAUUUCCAGUGAAGUCUUACCUUAUAUUUUUCGAGAAGACUUGGUCAACUUAUUAUUCUUUCUUCACUCUGGUUGCCAUAAAUAUCAAUCGAGGGUUCGUACCUGAAUCCCCGCAUG